UAGCGCUCGGGCCACUGUAGCUGUGUGUUGCGCGGGGAGGGCUCAGGCCCGGCCCUAUUUAAAGUCGCGCCUGUGUCUUCACACAGAUAACUCUGCUUCUCAUGCGACACACGCGACUAACGUAACGUAUCAUCACGAGCGGUCAACAUGGACGAAAACUUUCCUACAUACACUUUUGACUUCUCCGACAACAGUACAGACAACCUGUCUCUUGAGUCUGAAGACUUUGGCUUGGACUACCAGGAGCCCUGCGAGAGAGCAGUCAGCAAUGACUUCAACAGGAUCUUCCUCCCCACCGUCUAUGGGAUUAUUGCCUUUUUGGGAAUCAUUGGCAAUGGACUUGUGGUUAUUGUGAUGGGCUACCAGAAGAAAGUUAAAACUAUGACGGACAAAUACAGGCUGCAUCUCUCAGUGGCUGACCUCCUGUUUGUGCUCACGUUACCUUUUUGGGCUGUGGAUGCUGCAAGGACUUGGUAUUUUGGAAGUUUCCUUUGCGUUUCAGUCCACAUGAUCUACACUGUCAACCUGUACAGCAGUGUUCUUAUCUUGGCCUUCAUCAGCCUGGAUAGAUACCUCGCUGUGGUACGUGCAACCAACAGCCAAGCCACAAGGAAACUCCUCGCCAGUCGGGUGAUCUACGCUGGUGUGUGGCUCCCCGCUGCUAUCCUCACCAUCCCAGAUCUUGUUUUCGCUCGGGUCCGGGACACUUCCAACCUGCUUAUGAACCAGGACGAGAGCUUGGAGUCCUCAGAUGUUCGGAGCAUCUGCCAGCGAAUCUACCCACAAGAUUCAAGCCUCAUUUGGACUGCAGUGUUCAGAUUUCAGCACAUUUUGGUUGGUUUUGUGCUACCUGGACUGGUCAUUCUCAUCUGCUAUUGUAUUAUCAUUGCAAAGUUGUCACAAGGCUCCAAAGGACAAGUUCUGAAACGAAAAGCGUUAAAGACUACAGUGAUUCUCAUCCUGUGUUUUUUCUGUUGCUGGUUGCCAUACUGUUUGGGCAUCUUCCUGGACACCCUUGUGAUGUUGAACGUCAUCAAGGCAUCAUGUGAACUAGAACAAGCUAUUGAAAAGUGGGUUUCUAUUACUGAGGCGUUAGCAUAUUUCCACUGUUGUCUGAACCCUAUUCUGUAUGCCUUUCUGGGAGUUAAGUUCAAGAAGUCAGCAAAAAGCGCACUCACUAACAGCAGAUCUAGUCAGAAAUCUCUUAUGAAUAAAAAGCGUGGUCCAAUUUCAUCCAUUUCAACAGAAUCUGAAUCUUCAAGUGUGUUGUCAAGUUAAUGACUCUUAAAAUGUAAGCUUUAAUUUCAACUACAUUUUGUAAAGAUGUAAAAAAGAGUUUUAUACAUUGUGACUUACUUGCUGUGUUUUUCAUUUUAUAAGGUUUUGCAUUUCAAGUUUGUCUUCCCAUAUGUUUAAUUGUUUUAUUCCUUUUUUUUUUUUUUUUCCUUAAUUAUCCUUAGAUGGCCGGGCAUCAACUUGCCUGUCUUUUACUGUUCAGGGAGAGCUGCUUUCUGUAAAACUGUACAUAGAAUUUGUAGCAUUUGUUUGUGCGCACUUAAGUUGUGUGAUCUUGUGAAAAAAGCUAUUAUUUAUUGCUGUCAUCCACACUGGAAGUUUUGUAAGAUACUGUAAAUGCAUGCUGCUUUUUUGUACUAUUGAGAUUGUGUUUUUAAUGUAAGAAUAAAAAGCCAUUGAAAGUUACAA